AUGCCCUUCAAGAGGGCAUGCAGGAUGACUCGGACCACACCCCUGCAUCAAGAGCAGGGGUCGCAUUCAUCGUCGUCAUCGUGCGAUGCAUGGCCCAGACCCACCACCACCUCUCCUCCUCCCUCGUGCUUCCACUGCCCUGUGCGGUGGAACGCAUGCCAUACCCUGCAAGAGGGCAUGGAGGAGGACACUGAUAAUGCCCCUGCUUCAAGUGCGGGGGUGUCUUUUGCAAACGGAGGCCAUGCCCUGCAAGAGGGCAUGCUGGACGACACAAACGAUGCCCCCGCUUCAAGUGCGGGGGCCACGUUUGUCAUCAUCGCGCAACACGCAGCCCCACCUCCUCCCUCCUCUCUGACCUCCCUCGCACGAUUGCCACCCACAACCUCUGAACAGAGGCCAUGCCCUGCAAGAGGGCAUGGAGAAUGA